CCACAUUACAUGUUAGAAACACGAGCAGAAUCAUCACCCUAACCUCCUCUCCCCUCUCCAUCCCUCCAACUUCGAUUCAACAGCGCAUCCCAAUCACAACCUUCACGCUUUCCUGGCGCCAUUUCGAGGGCUCCCCACACAUGCAGUUCGAACAACCAACCUAUACGCAGCCAUUUGGGUAUCCCCAAGGCACCUACUACGCCAACACCCAGCCGGGAAUGCCUCGGCCCGGACAACAAUACUUUGAAUCAGGAUACGGAGUCCCCACCCCGGCUCCUUCUCCCCGAACCCCAUCUUCUCGUCGCCGAAGCAACACGCAAGAACCAGCAUUCAUGGGUGCCGAAUACGUGAAGCGACCAUCGUCGUCGCGAAGGCACGAGAGCUACAGCGAGUUCGAGCCGCAUCGAUCCACCACCUCCCCUCGUCCCGGAACCAGUCACAGUCACGGGCGAUCACAGCAAGGCUACAUGCACACGCCUCUCCACACGCCUCCCCCAUCGUCUCACGCUCAUCAUGGCACUCCGAUGCCCAACAUCUACGCCUACGGGUUCCCUCCGGGUUCGACCGGCGAAUACUUUGUUCCUCCUAGUUACACGCCGGCCCCUGGUCCCCAAUCGCCCCCGCCGUUCGUCGCCGAGGGUCGCCGCUCCCGCUCCCACCAGCGCCGCGAGAACACAUGGUCCGGUGAGAACUCGCCGCGCUCGCCCCCCCGUACCAGUUCCGCCAAGCCGCCGCCGCCACCUCCAACUCGGUCGGCCACCGAAGGCGGUAGCCUCGAUGCGGACGAGCUCCGUCGCAAGGCCGCCGAGGCCGGUAUCCCGUCCGACUACUCCCUCAAGAACUGGGACUCCAACGAGAGGCCCAUCAUCCUGCUCGGCUCCGUCUUCGAUGCCAACUCGCUCGGCGAGUGGGUCUUCAACUGGACCAAGUUCCACCACGGCCGCACCCACGAGGCCACCCGCACUGCUGGUGGGCUCUGGGAGCUCCUCAUCGAGCUGAGCUCCAAGCUUAAGCGCGCCCGUGACUUUUUCGGGUCCAUCCGCACUCCCGAGAACCGCGAGAUCAUCGAGGAGUUCAUGGAGAGCGGCGAGAGGCUGUGGCACAAGCUCAAGAACCUCCUCAAGUCCUGUGAGGAGUACAUGUGGACUGGCGCCAGGCGCGUCAACUCGCCCAAGCACACCGAGACCAAGACUAAGGUCCAGAUGGGCAAGCAGUCGGGUGCCGAGUUCGUCGAUGCUAUGUUCAACGGCGAGAAGGAGUGGGAGAAGACCGAGAGAUUGAUGAGGGGUAUGGCCAUGUGGUGUCAUCGCUUCCAGGUCAACUGCGAAGAAAUCCUCAAACAUGCCGACGCCUAAAUCAACACCUCCUUGUCUUUUUCUCUGUCUCUCUCUUUCCCCUCCGCACCCGCCUUUAAUUCCUAUGUUUACCUCUCUUCCCUUCCGGUUUGAAAUCUUUUAGAUGGUGGCGUUUUACCUUUCUACGUAUACCCCUCCCUCCAACGUCUUCGCUUCUAAUCAUGUUUUAUCCACAACUUUAUUCUCCUUCUAUUCGUAUAUCAUGUCAAGUUUUUCUGGGCUUCUUUUGGGGGGCGCUCAAAAGCAAA